AUGGAGGCGGCGGCGGAGGGUGCCGAGCCGGGGAGCGGCUGCGGAGGCGGCGCGGAGGAGCCAGUGGUUUCCUUGGCGGAGGUGCUGGCGGAGAACGAGGAGCUCGAGAAGGAGGCGCGAGCUGUACUGGGGGGCAGCGACCACGAGCGCUGCAGCUACUCGCAGGGUGCCGUGAAGAGGCAGGCGCUGUACGCCUGCAGCACCUGCACGCCGCCCGGUGAGGAGCCGGCGGGGAUCUGCCUCGCCUGUAGCUAUGAGUGCCACGGUACCCACCGCCUCUUCGAACUCUACACCAAGAGGAACUUCCGCUGUGACUGUGGAAAUAGCAAGUUCAAAAAUCUGCAGUGCAAGUUACUCCCAGAAAAGGGCAAAGUGAAUUCAGGAAAUAAGUAUAAUGACAAUUUCUAUGGAUUAUACUGUACUUGUAAAAGACCUUAUCCUGAUCCUGAAGAUGAGAUUCCAGAUGAGAUGAUCCAGUGCAUAGUUUGUGAAGACUGGUUCCAUGGAAGGCAUCUUGGCACAGUUCCCCCUGAAAGUGGAGACUUCCAUGAGAUGGUGUGCCAAGCCUGCAUGAAACACUGCCAUUUCCUGUGGGCCUAUGCAGCGCAGAUAGCAGUUCCUGCUUUGACCAAAGUGAACUCCCUUGAAGACGAAGGAAUUGUCCUGAAGGUUGAGGAAAGUGAAGAGCAGAAAAAAGAAAUAAAAAAAGAAAGUGGAGUGGAACACCAGGAAACGAAGGAGGAAAACCAAAUCGAACAGUUUAAUGAACCCUCCACUAGCUCUGGGGCUGCCUGUCCAGAGGUAGUUGCUAAGAAUGAGGUGCCAGUCUGCAAGCUGAAAGAACUCCAAAGCAAGCCAUUUGUCAAAAAAGAUGCUGCCACCUUUUGGCCAUCAAACUGGAGAAGCAAGUUAUGCACCUGUGAAGACUGUUUGAAAAUGUAUUCAGAGCUUGAGGUCCAGUUCCUGACAGAUGAAUGUGACACUGUCUUGGCUUAUGAAAACAAAGGUACCAGUGACCAAGAAACAGAGAGGAGAGAUCCUUUAAUGGACACCCUUAACAGCAUGAACAGAGUCCAGCAAGUAGAACUCAUCUGUGAAUACAAUGAUUUAAAGACAGAACUGACUGACUAUCUCAGGAGAUUUGCAGAUGAGGGAACGGUGGUUAAAAGAGAAGACAUUCAGCACUUCUUUGAAGAAUUUCAGUCACGGAAAAGACAACGGACUAACAGGAUGCAGUACUACUGUAGUUAGACUGAAAAGGUUUGGGUCUGAAAAUGCAAUGGGGAAGACGAUAUUCAUUGGCAAACAGAAGAGGCAUCUUCAGUAUUUGGCUUCUCAUCAAAAUACAACUGUCCAAGAAAUGUCUUACUUUUGUCUCAUACUUCCUUCCUUUGUAGUGACUGUGUUCUUAACAGGUACAUUGCGUUUUGGGAUUUCAGUGCUGACAGACUUGGCCUUGCUG